GCGAUGAAACUAAACCGACAUGUUCGAAUUGUUCGAGGCAUAGCAUACAAUGUGAAUACUUACUCUUGCCUCUCAACAAUCCCGCGCUUUCAGUACUUCCCACAAAGAAGUUACCUCUUCCCACUACCGCGACAGUCACAGGACGGAAUGCUUAUUUCUCGCGUCCUGUGCCACGCAAUCCCAUGUCUUUCUAUUUUCCAACCUCCAUUGCCACUACCGUCUCAGGAGUAGACGAAGCACUCGAGUUCCGUUUAUUUCAACACUUUGUAAAUAUCACCGAUGUUCCUCAAUUAUUUUCUGCAUGCAACAUAUCGCUAUGGAUCAUUCAGCUCGCUUGUCGUCAUCGUUCAGUAAUGGAAGCUUUACUGGGCGUUUCUGCAUUUCAUCUCCGGAGUUCAUUUUCAUCCUCCUCUUCCGCUUUUCCCACCAGUACAAUCCCUGAAAGUAAAUCGGAGAGAGAAGUGAUAAAAGCAAGUCAUCAUUACAUGGGAUUGGCUAUUGCUACACAUCGAAAAUUAAUCAUCGAGGAGGGUGUUACGGAGAAGACAGCCGAUGUAAUUCUGGGAUCUUGUUUAUUUAUCACAUAUCAUUCCACCGGAAGCCAGAAAUUUCUAAAUCAAGCUCAUAACUCAGUACUGUCGUGCAACAGCGAUAUAGAAAGACACAGGGAAUUAUGUAGAGUACCACUUCAUUGGUUCGUCCCCAUGAAAAGUCUCAAAGAUAUGAUAAAUCUAGCUGCAACAUACGUCCAGAACGAAGGCAUGAGAACGCUCUUAGAAUGGGAGGAAGCUAAUUUUCGGGUCAUUCUACAAAAUGAAACUUCGCCGGAUCCUGAUAAUGAAUAUCCUACGACAUUCAAUUUUCUCCUUGACGAUUUACCGCUCGAUGCUCCGGAUUAUAAAACCUAUGUUCUUUGCACCAAGUAUCUGAAUCUCCUCAGUGGAGGCGAAGUCACUAAAUUCAUUCUCAAAUUCCCGGCAUUGGUACCCCCGAGAUUCGUGGAGUUGUUAAGGGAGAAAGAUAUGAGGAUGAUGGGUAUAGUGGGAUAUUUUUUGAUGUUGCUGAGGAGAGCAGAUCAUGAAAAACAUCUGUGGUGGAUGGCAGGAGCGGUAGAAAAUGAUUGGGAGGGAAUGAAAUAUGCAUAUGAAAGUGAUGAGGUGUGGAAUAGGAGGAUGGAGUGGGCUAGGAGAGAGAUCGAGGGUGGGGAGUUUAUAGACUUUGUGGUUGGUAAGGCUUUGGCUCGACGGUAGAGUGUCGAUGUGAGCUUUUUGGCUUUUAUAUUUAGACUUUUCGAGUCUGCCAGUAAUAGUCGGCGGCUUGGAAGAGCUGACUGUUGGUUCAAAUGAUGAGUUCCACAUCACAUGAUAGUCA